GGCGACAAGGGAGUGUGGGUGGGAAUAAUUCAGGCGGGGGGGUGUCGAUGAAGAUGGCGCUGAGAAGAGCCUACUCCAUCAAGGAUAAACUUCAGGCCAUCGAGAGGGUGAAGAAGGGCGAGAGGCAAGCGUCGGUGUGUCGGGCUUUCGGGGUGCCGGGGGGCACGUUGAGGGGUUGGUUAAAGGAUGAAGCCAAGCUCCGGUGGUUCCUGGAACAGCUUGGGGGUGAGGUGGGCACCCAACGCAAGAAGAUGCGUUUGGCCAACGAGGAGGAGAUUGACCGAGCUGUCUACGCCUGGUUCCUCGCUCUACGUCAGCACGGAAUCCCCCUCUCCGGGCCCCUCAUCCAAGCCCAGGCCGAGGCCUUCGCACGGCAGAUCUACGGCCCCGAGUGCACCUUCAAGGCCAGCCACGGCUGGUUCUGGCGCUGGCAGAAGCGUCAUGGCAUCUCCAGCCAGCGUAUCUACGGUGAGGGUGGCCUCCCCGCCGAGCCCGAGCGGGCUCCCGUGGCCAGCUCUGAGACCCUGCUGUCCGUGCCCGCUGCCGACGCCGGAGGCUACAGCGACGAGCAGAUCUACAAUGCCAACAUCACCGGGCUCUACUGGAAGCUCCUGCCGGGACAGACCGGUGGCACCACGACGGCCGCACGACGGCGACCAGCUGUCCGCGAGCGUGUCACCGUGCUGCUGGCCGCCAACUUGACCGGCUCCCACAAACUCAAACCACUGGUGGUUGGGUGUCUUCAUGAUCCCCCCAGCCUCCGCCAUCACAACCAGGACAAGUUCCCUGCUUGCUACCGCUACAGCCCCGAAGCCAGGCUGGGACCAGCUCUUCUCCGGGCUUGGUUCUUUGAGGACUUUGUGCCAGGUGUCAAACGGUACCUGCGUCGGAGCUGUCUGCAGCAGAAAGCCGUGCUGCUGCUCAGCUCCCCACCACCCCACUCUGGGACAGGCCCUGAGGACUCCCACUCUCCACUGCAGACACCUGAUGGCUCCAUCCGUGCCCUCUUCCUCUCCAAAGGACCUGCUGGUAGCGGCUCAGCUGGAGGAGGCGGCCGAAUCCCAGCCCCACUGGAGCAGGGGGUGGUGUCCACCUUCAAGCAGCUCUACAAGAGGGAAUUGCUGCGCUUGGCCGUCUCUUGUGCGGCUGGUGGUGGUAGUGGCUCAGGUGGCCCCAUGGACUUUGUGAGGUCCUUCCUCCUCAAGGACAUGUUGUACCUGACUGGCCUUUCCUGGGACCUCAUCCCAGCCGGUUCCAUUGAGAAGUGCUGGCUCUUGGGGUUGCGUGCUGCCUUUGAGCCCCAGCCUGGGGAGGAAGAGCAUGGAGACCCCCAACAUGGGGAGGAAGGUGGUGGGGACAGCAAGGUCUUUAGUGACCUGACCCACUUGGCUGCAUUGGCCUACAAGCGCUUGGCCCCCGAGGAGGUGGCCAGCUGGUUGCACUUGGACGAUGCAGCCCCAGGUAUGGAGGAGGACGAUGGGAAAGAGGACACUGAGGAGGAAGGCCUUGGGGUCUGCAAAACAGAGGAGGAGGAGGAGGAGGAGGAGGCAGAGGAGGAGGAGGAGGCAGCAGCAUCUGGAGAUGGGGGUGGCAGAAGGGGCGGGGAAGGAGGAGACGCUUUGCUACCCACAGCUCGGGAAGCUAUCAAAGGUCUGGAGACAGCGUUGCGGUGGUUGGAGGGUCAAGACCCCAGGCAAGUGGGGCCGCUGAAGCUGGUGCAGCUCCGCUCCCUCAUCAGCAUGGCCCAGCGGCUGCACCGUGGUGCCAGCAGCCCCCACUCCUAGGCCAAGGCCACCCAUGACCUCUUGGCUACCAAUCACCUCGCUUGGGGUUGGGGAGGAUGGAAUGUGGGGUUGGGGACACAUUGGUUGUCACAUGGGGCUGGUGGUGGAGGUGCCAGCUCUCCUCACCCCUUUGUCACGGGCUCAAGAGGCCUGAAUGCCCCUGAGGUACUGCUGCUGAGGGGGUGGUGUGACAAUUUAGGGCUAAUGGAGGGACAACCCCUCCCAUCUGCUGUGUAUCUGAGGACCUUUCCUCACCCUUGGGUAUAAUUUGAAGGUGCUAUUUUUUAAAUCCCAUGAGCCUGAGCUGGGAGUGGCCACCUGGUCCCUCCUGACCCCAUGUGGAGAAGGGACAAAGGAGGCACAUUCUUGGUGUCACCAUGAGGAGCUGGGUUGAUGGGGGAAGUCACAAGAAGUGACUCCCUGCAUCUCAGACUGGGGACAGGGUCCACUCCUGAGGUGCUUCAUGGCAAAGAUCCUGCCCUGGAAGAGGCUGGUGAUACCCUUUCCACUGCCAAAAUGGAGUCCAGUUAAACUGGGACGGUUUGGUGCUUGUUUGAGACAACUUUCUUCAUGCACUGGACUGGGACAAGGGCACUUGGGUGCCAAGCUGUAGCUUCUCACAGAGGAUCACCUCCAUCAUUCCCAUAACAGCACGUGGGACUACAGAGACCUUCUGAAACGGGUACCAUCAUCUGAGCAUCUUCAUGAAGCUGAAGGCUUCAGGGAUGAAGGCUGAGGUAUCUUCUCUGGGGGUUGUGGGGUGGCUGGGGCUGGAGGACACAUCUUUGUGGAGCUGGGGAGAUGGUUGGUGGAAUGAUGCACAUCACGAGUUAAGAUGGGAGCAGCUCCUGGCUCUGCCUUGAAAUACUGGAGACACCAGAUGUGAAUUUAGAAGCUCUUGACCUGGUUUUGGGUUCAAUUUUAGCCUUUUCAGCCAAAUUAUUGAAAGAAGGGGGGGGAAUAUCAGCUCCUCAGCACUGCUGUGCCCCAUAAGGUGGCUUUUACUUGUCACAUCUUUGUCUCAUCCCUUCAGAGUUUAUGGAAAUUAAAUGGAGUUGUAUUCCCACUUUGGGGU